CCGUAAAUCUUUCUUCUUGCGUUGCCUAAUAAUUGACCCCUAUAUAGUGGAGUAUAUACAUAAACUAAUCUCUCUCUCUCUCUCUCUCUCUCAAUCCUUUCUAUCCUCCCAGUUGUGACCAAAACCACUCCCCACCACAAGCCGAGUGAUGUCGGACAAGUGCACCCACCACAAGGAGAAGCGAAGAAAGCUGCUCCGGCGGUGUUGUGCCGGACUUCUCAUCUUCAAUUUCAUCCUCCUCGUCCUCAUCCUCCUAAUUUGGGCCAUCCUCCAGCCCAAAAAACCCCAGUUCAUUAUCCAAGACGCCACCGUUUACGCCUUCAACGUCUCCGCGCCCAAUUUCAUUACCUCAAGCAUCCAGGUAACCAUUUACUCCCGUAACCCCAACGACAAGAUCGGCGUCUACUACGACAAGCUCGACAUCUUCGCCACCUACCGCAGCCAACAAAUCACCUAUUACACCGCCAUUCCGUCAGUUUACCAGGGCCACAAGGACGUCAACGUCUGGUCUCCGUUUGUCUCCGGUGUUAACGUCCCCGUGGCGCCCUACAACGGCGCCUCCCUCAGCCAGGACCAGGCGGCCGGAAUGGUCGGCCUCACUUUCAAGAUCGAUGGACGGGUGAGAUUCAAAGUCGGCACCUAUAUCUCCCGCCGUUACCACCUCCAUGUCAAGUGCCCGGCCAGGAUCGAUUUCGGUGGCCGGAGCAGCAGCGGCGUUAUCGUCGGAGGUAACGCCGUCAAGUACCAGCUCACUCAGGGUUGUCGCGUGACGGUUUGAUGUGGGGGGUCCAGAUUUCGCCGUUAAAUAAUUGCUUAUUUUCUUCUCUAUAUAUAUCUAUACAAUAACGCGGUGUAGGAGUCUUUAUCAUGCACGUUCCUUUGUUUUUGUGUUUUUCCUUAUAGGAUACGGGGUUGAAUUGUAUAUUUUGGCAAUGAAUGAAUGAAUAAAAGCAAGAUAAGGAAAAUAGAUAAAUUGCAGUA